CGGGGUGCACAAAAUUUUUCCGAUUUUUCAAGCUCAAUUUUUAAUGAUUUAAGAUUUUUCGACAUAAGCAACAGUAGAUACCUACUAGUGUAUUUUUUAACGCUACUCUUCACUCGAAGUGAUUGUUAAGUACUCCAAACAAUGCCUGAAAAACCUGUCAAGUCCGAACCCAAGCGGGAUGAGGUGGAACUGGAAACCCAAUUCAUUAUGCGUAUGCCCUUGGAACCGUCAAAAUUAUUAAGGGAAGCAAUACAAACUGGUGCAAACAAUCUUAAGGACAGGCUUUCUAUUCGCCUCGACAAUGAUUUACGCUAUGGCGAGGUUCGCUUCGAUCACUGGCUGUUACAUGCAAAAGUGGUUGACCUGCCGACUGUUGUGGAAAGCCUCAAGACCAUCGAUAACAAGAACUUUUAUAAAACUGCUGAUUUGUGUCAGUUGAUGAUCUGUAAAGAGGAACCUGAUUUGCCUUCUGCUGAAGAGGAAUCUCCGAACAAAAACAAAAAGAAGGAUCCCAAUAAGGUCGACAAAAAGUAUCUGUGGCCACACGGUAUAACUCCACCUUGCAAAAAUGUUCGCAAGCGUCGCUUCCGUAAAACAUUGAAGAAAAAGUUUGUGGAGGCACCUGAAAUCGAAAAAGAGGUUAAACGUUUACUUCGCGUGGACAAUGAAGCAGUGAACGUUAAAUGGGAACUCAUUACUGAGGAUGAAGAUCCAAAUAAAUCCAUCUCUGAUUCAAAACAUGACGGUCCUAAUAAAAGUCCGUCUAAAAGCAACAAAAAAGGCGGCGCCAAUAAAGACGUUGGAGAGCAUGAUAUAUUUGGAGAGGAAGUUUCGGACUCGGAUGAAGAUGAGAAUCCGAUCAACAAGAGUAUCGACAUUGACGAGAGCAGCCGCCUUUCUGCGGAAGCAGAUGAUAGCCGGUUGUCUGAUUCUAGCUCCUACAUGGGAACUCAAUCUUCUGAUAGGAACGCUGCAACCGAGUUUAGUAAGGGCAUGUUCAGCAACAUCGGUGGUUCUCGGUCUAGGAGAGCUGAAACGCUGCUGGGAUCCAAAUACGAAGAUAAUUCCCGGCUGGAUUCGGACAAUGAGUCGACUGAGUUUAUGACUUCUUCCAAAUCAGAUUCACUAAGUAGCCGUAUGUAUGAACUGCGUCGCCAGCUGAGCGAGUUAAAAUCACAAAGAAUUCAGAAGGAGCAGGAAAUUCGGACCAUCGAGAAUCAAACCCUGCGGCAGCGUUUGCAGGACAAUUUGGACAGCUUGUUGAGUCAGAUAGUAGAGAAGGAGAUGGAGAUUCAGGAUCUAGAACAACCGUUGCAGUAAACGUCAGAUGAUUAUGAGAUGACCGGAGUGAAGGUAGGUAUGAUGCUUGUGAUUUUAACUGGAAACAUAAAUAUAUAG